AUCCACCUUAAAGAUGUUUGAUUCGUCAUUCUGCAACCACACAACAUCUCGACUAGUACUUUAUCCUUCAAUUGCGCUCGAAUUUUGGAGAAAAGGUAAUCAACCGAAAUCGAUAUGGACAUCAGUACUCUAAUGGGUUUCGAUUCGCCGCUUUUGCACAACCUCCACCACAUCCUUACAGCCACCGACGACACCACCACCAACAACAAAUCAAGCAAUGCCGGACCUACUGGCGCUUACGUCCGUGACGCUAGAGCAAUGGCUGCAACUCCGGCUGAUGUGAAGGAGUAUCCCAACUCUUACGUCUUCAUCGUCGACAUGCCUGGUCUGAAGUCCGGAGAUAUCAAGGUCCAGGUGGAGGAAGACAACGUGUUGGUGAUAAGUGGAGAGAGAAAAAGGGAACACGAUCAGGAAGAGAAGGAAGGAGUUAAGUACGUGAGAAUGGAAAGGAGGAUCGGGAAGUUUAUGAGGAAGUUUGUGUUGCCGGAGAAUGCUAAUAUGGAGAAGAUAUCGGCGAUUUGUCAAGAUGGAGUGCUUACAGUGACGGUGGAGAAACUGCCACCUCCGGAGCCAAAGAAGCCGAAGACGAUUCAGGUCCAGGUUGCUUGAAGAACAGAAUCUACUUUAUGUUGUUUUGCUCUGUUUUUGUAAUGGUUUGCUCUUUUGCUCUGUUUGAUCUCGUAGUUAUAAUCAAUCUACUGUUGUUGGUUUUUAAAGUCAAUAUUUGGUCGUUUUGUUGUACUUCGGUUUGUAACAAUUUAAAUGUGAAAUUAAAAUGGUUUCUUUGUAA